AUGAGUGGAAGAAGUGUUGUACCAGAAUCAGUGAUUGAGUCACUUGGGAGAACAUCGGACAACGUUGAUGAAGUUGGGAUUUUUUUUGAUGAAUUCUUGGCUGUCUGUGAUAAUGACAAUCUGUCCCAGUUGGACCCUCUUCAAAGGGCACAGUCCCUCCUAUUGCUGUCCAAAGUUACCACAACCCUUUUUACAUUGAGGUUGAGAUGCCAUGGAAUCAACCCGGAUGAGCAUGCUGUCAAGUCUGAGCUUGAAAGGUUGAGUUUGUACCAGGAGAAGGUUCAGAGGUGCAUAGAUUUAAGUCAAGCACCACAGCGUCCUUCAGCAUCCAUAAAUUCACAAGCAGCAACCCGCUUCAUUGAGCAUUCGUUGCCUGAUCUCACCAAAGAUCAGAAGCAAAGCUUGAGGGAAAUUAGUAGAAGACGGGAUUCAGAGAGAACUGUGCACAAGAAGAGAAAGUUUGACUCAACUGGAAAGCAGUCUGUUCAGACUGCUGCAAAAGAAUUUCUUGAGAAGGCUGCCCGUGAACUACUGGGUGAUUCUGGAGGCAGUCAUAAGGGUCCUUUAAACCUGGAGGAUUCAGAUGCGGAGAUAGAUGCACUUUUUGGCGAUGACAGCAGUUAG